AUGGCAUCGAUCGAUAUCGAAGCGACAAGCUGGCGUCGCGUUGAGGUUGGGCGCGUGCUCAAGCUCGAGAGCGGCAGCCUGGCCACCAUCGUCGAGAUCAUUGACCACAAGCGCGCUCUCGUCGACGGCCCCUCCACAAACGAGAAGCUCGCGACGCCCCGCGGCAUCGUCCAGCUUUCCCGAACCCUCCUCACCCCUAUCGUCGUCGAGAAGCUCCCCCGCGGUGCGCGGUCAGCUGCCGUCAAGAAGGCGUGGGAGGCUGCUGGUGUCGACAGCAAGUGGUCCGAGAGCAACUGGGCGAAGAAGCAGCUCCAGCAGGAACGCCGCCAGUCGCUCACCGACUUCGAUCGCUUCAAGGUUAUGCGGUUGAAGAAGCAGAGGCGCUUCGAGGAGCGCAAGGCUCUCGCCAAGAUCAAGGCUGCGGCAUAA